AUUUUGAUCAAGUCGAGCAGAGCUUAAGUUGCAGCUUUCAGACGGCGUAAACAACAAAACCAGAGACGACCUCAAGAGGAAAAACAGGUCUUGUGCUUUUCCAUCUCAGCAGAUAACAAUGAGUGGUAGUCGUGUGUUCAUUGGCCGCUUGAGCCCGCACGCCAGAGAGAGAGAUGUGGAGAAGUUUUUCAAGGGAUAUGGACGGAUUCGAGAAAUCAACUUGAAGAAUGGAUUUGGCUUUGUGGAAUUUGACGACCACAGAGAUGCAGAUGAUGCUGUGUACGAGUUGAAUGGCAAAGAACUGUGCAGUGAAAGGGUCACUAUUGAGCACGCUCGCUCCAGAAGAGGAAGAGGUGGCGGCCCUGGGGGAAUGGGACGUUUCGGUGGUGGUGGCGGCGGAGGCGGUGGCGGUGGCUAUCGCCCAUCUCGCAGCAGUGGAUCCAGACCGGACAGGUAUGGACCUCCUGUACGGACGGACCACAGACUCAUUGUGGAGAACCUUUCUUCACGAAUCAGCUGGCAGGACCUGAAAGACCUGAUGAGAAAAGCAGGUGAAGUUACCUUUGUGGACGCCCACAGGCCCAACAAAAAUGAAGGAGUGGUUGAGUUUGCAUCUCGUAGUGACAUGAAGAACGCCAUAUCGAAGCUCAACGGGACAGAGCUCAAUGGACGCAAGCUGAAGAUCUUUGAGGACAGUAGAAGUCGCAGCAAGAGCCGCUCCCGCAGCUACUCCCGCUCAAGGAGCCGCUCCAGGAGCCGCAACCGUUCCAGGAGCCGCUCCAGGUCUAUGAGCCGCACCCCAGAGAAGAAGACAUCGGGAGGGGGCAGGGACGCAGGCAGAUCCCCGUCCAGGUCCAAGUCCCGCUCCAAGUCUCGUUCCAAGUCCCGCUCCAAGUCUCGCUCCAGGUCUCGCUCCCAUUCGCCCGCUCCCGCUCAGGACAAACAGUCCCGCUCCCGGUCUCGAUCUCGUUCCCGCUCUCGCUCCCGUUCCCGCUCCCGCUCCGCCUCUGCAGACAGCAAACACUAAGAUGGGUACACCUUUAAGACGUAAAAUAGACUGAUAGUUGCUCACCACAAGCCUGUAUGGUGGCAUGUGAAUUUUUUUUUUCUUUUUGAUUUUUUUUUUUCUCCACUGAAUGGGAGUAAAUUGCCUUUUACAUGGCCCCUUUUGAAAUAAGAUCUUGGCUUUGGUUUAUUUUUUGUUUUAUUUUGUUAGUUUGAAUGUGCUUCCACAGGGAAUAAUAUUUUUUUGGUUCAUGUUACUUCAUGAUUUCCCUCUUUUUAAAAUCCCCUUUAUAUUUAGAUUAAAUACAGAGUGACAAAAAACAUUUUGAUCGGCGAUGAUACUCGUCACAGUCCUGCAGCCUGUGCUCGCUGUUUGCCAUGUUAUGAUUCCAUCCACUCCCCCUGUGCUUUGCCCGAGUGUUCACAGCAGUUGAAGGUUAGCUGGAAAUGUUGUUCAUUCCCCGAAAAAUGCUGAUAGGUGUGUUUUUGUCUGAUGUGCAAGCUCCUGAUAUUGCCAUGAAACUGUGACUCUGCUUUUUGUGAUCUACACGUGUUGCAUUCACUGCCCUGAUAUGUGAACGUUAAAAAAAAUGCAAGCAUCUCAAUUGGAGGUUUGUUUCAGCUUUUUUUUUGUGUAAUGAUGUUGGAAUCUGGCAUUAAUUUCAACUGCUGUUGCAGGACCUCGUCUCGUAUCGGUGAUUUAUUUUCUGCUUUUUAUUUGACUUCAUCUCCUGCGGGGUGUUGAGGAUCUAUUUCAGCAGCAAGAAAUGUCUCUGAAUAAGUUUAUUAAUUUGAUACUAAUAAAACACUCACUGCA